UGCUGCCGCUGCCGCUGCCGCUGCCGCUGCCGCCGCGAAAACUGAGGAGAGCUGGGACCCCGGACUGCGCGCCCUCCGGGCAGCUCGCCCGCCCACGGAAAUUGAGAUGACGUUUGCUCACCCUUAGUUUUAUAGCCACCACUCUUCACUAUUCUUCAUGAGUUUUUGAAAAAAGAUGAAGAUCACCAGCAAUCCUGUCUGCCAGUUCUUUCAGUACCCUGGGAUGUAUUUCAUCUAAACCUGGUGACUUGAUCUCAUCAGGAGCAGUCAGGAUUCCAUGAGAAGGUGACAGAUAUCAGAAAAGCCUGUAGGUGACUAGCACUGCAGUGGAGACCUGAUUCCUAGUCUGAAUUUGAAUUUCAAAAACCCUAUUUCCAGGUGUCUCUACAAUGUUUUGGGACUUGAUAUCAUCUGCAAAGAGGAGCAUCUCCAAGACCUCACCUUCUCUAGGGGAUUCCUCUUCGAUUUAGACUCUGCACUGGACAUCCUCGGUGAACAUAGUCAAUACCUUCGAAUAUUCAAUGGCUGACCAGAGAAUGGACAUUUCUUCUACAAUUAGUGAUUUUAUGUCACCAGGUCCCACUGACCUCAUCUCCAGCUCUCUUAGUGCUACCGGGAUGGAUUGUAAUCGAAAAAGGAAAGGCAGCUCAACUGAUUAUCAACUCGAUGGCUUUUCUUUUGAAGAAAGUAUGGAUACAGACAAAGAUGACCAGCACGGAAGGUUGGAAUACCCAGACCAGCAGGGCAGAAUCCGAAAUGCCAGGGAAGCUCACAGUCAAAUUGAAAAAAGGCGCCGAGAUAAAAUGAACAGUUUUAUUGAUGAACUAGCUUCUUUGGUACCGACAUGCAACGCAAUGUCCAGAAAGUUGGAUAAACUUACUGUAUUAAGAAUGGCUGUUCAACAUAUGAAAACAUUACGAGGUGCCACCAACCCAUAUACAGAAGCAAACUACAAACCUACUUUUCUGUCAGAUGAUGAGCUAAAACAUCUCAUUCUCAGGGCAGCAGAUGGAUUUCUCUUUGUGGUCGGAUGUGACAGAGGAAAGAUACUAUUUGUUUCAGAGUCGGUCUUUAAAAUCCUCAACUAUAGCCAGAAUGAUCUAAUUGGUCAGAGUUUAUUUGACUACCUACAUCCUAAAGAUAUUGCCAAAGUUAAGGAACAACUGUCUUCUUCGGAUACUGCUCCAAGAGAAAGACUAAUAGAUGCAAAAACUGGACUUCCAGUUAAGACAGAUAUAACCCCUGGGCCUUCAAGACUAUGUUCUGGAGCCAGACGUUCAUUCUUCUGUAGGAUGAAAUGUAACAGGCCUUCAGUUAAAGUGGAAGAGAAAGAUUUCCCCUCAACGUGUUCAAAGAAAAAAGCAGACCGAAAAAGCUUCUGCACCAUCCAUAGCACGGGAUAUUUAAAAAGCUGGCCACCCACAAAAAUGGGCCUGGAUGAGGACAAUGAACCAGAUAAUGAAGGUUGUAACCUCAGCUGCCUUGUAGCAAUUGGACGGUUACAUUCUCAUGUCGUUCCACAGCCAGUGAAUGGGGAAAUCAGGGUGAAAUCUACAGAAUAUGUUUCUCGCCAUGCAAUUGAUGGGAAAUUUGUUUUUGUGGACCAGAGGGCAACAGCAAUUCUGGCGUAUUUACCCCAAGAACUUCUAGGCACUUCGUGUUAUGAAUAUUUUCACCAAGAUGAUAUAGGACACCUUGCAGAAUGUCAUAGGCAAGUUUUACAGACAAGAGAAAAAAUUACAACUAAUUGCUAUAAAUUUAAAAUCAAAGAUGGUUCUUUCAUCACACUGAGAAGUCGCUGGUUCAGUUUCAUGAACCCUUGGACAAAGGAGGUGGAAUACAUUGUCUCAACCAACACCGUCGUUUCAGCCAACGUACUAGAAAGCGGGGACCCAACUUUCCCACAGCUUACAGCUUCCCCCCACAGCAUGGAUAGCAUACUGCCCUCUGGAGAAGGUGGACAGAAGAGGAGCCAUCCAACUGUUCCUGGAAUUCCAGGUGGAACAAGAGCUGGUGCAGGGAAAAUUGGCAGAAUGAUUGCAGAAGAGAUCAUGGAGAUACAUAGGAUAAGGGGGUCAUCACCCUCUAGCUGUGGUUCCAGCCCAUUGAACAUCACAAGCACACCUCCCCCUGAUGCAUCUUCCCCAGGAGGCAAGAAGAUUUUAAAUGGAGGAACUCCAGACAUUCCUUCUGCUGGACUCCUACCAGGGCAAAUCCAAGAUAACCCUGGCUAUCCAUAUUCUGACAGUUCCUCUAUUCUUGGUGAGAACCCCCAUGUUGGUAUAGACAUGAUUGAUAACGACCAAGGUUCCAGCAGCCCCAGUAAUGACGAAGCAGCCAUGGCAGUCAUCAUGAGCCUCUUGGAAGCAGAUGCUGGUCUUGGUGGCCCUGUGGACUUCAGUGACUUACCUUGGCCACUUUAAACAUUACUGUAUAGUUGCUUCAGCAACAUCUGCAGUAUGAAAGUGCAUUAUUGGUGGAGUUUGACCAUCUGUGAAGUUUCUUGGAUAAAGAGAUAAUAGCUUUUAUGUUCAAACUUCAUAAAAGCUAUCUCAAAGCCAUUGAUACAAGUCAAUCCUACUAUGUGUAACUUAAGACAAAGUGGAACUAAAACCGCUACAGUGUUUCUGCAUCAUUGAUUAUUGAGCUAGCUGUGAAUAGCUUGCAUUAACUGUAUAUUUUGGAUUCUGUUCGUGUUGAAUUUUUAAAUCAUUGUGCACAGAAGCAUCAUUGGUAGCUUUUAUAUGCAAACAGUCAUUUCAGAUGUACGGUGUUUUUACACUACAAAGAGGUCCCCCAUGUGGACAUUUCUUAUACUAAUUGUAUCAUAAAGCUGUUUAUUCUUUCUUGUAAGAAUCCUUUACUAUAAAUAUGGGUUAAAGUGUAAUGUAUU